UAAAAUUUUUAAGAUAGAAUGGAAACGUAACACGGAGAUAAAAAUGGACGAACUGUGACUUCAGAAGGUUAAGUUGCUGAGGAACGAGGAAAGAAACAUACAUUGAGUUUUAUAAUAAAAUAGUUUAGUUAUAGUUUGUUUUUCUAUUUAUUGAUAAUACAGGUCCUGUUUGUGAAUGAUUUUUGUGGGGUAGUAGAGAUAGAAGGUUUAUUUAUGUGGAUUAAAAGUAGAUAGCUAUGGCUGCUAGAAGAACUGCAGGUCUUGUUCAAAGGAAUACCACUCGCUCUACGAAUAAGGAAAAUUCUAAAGAUGGUAAUCAUAAAAUAAUAAAUAGUCCAGACCAAAACGUCGAUGAUGAAGCAGAUUCCAUGGACAAAGAGACCCGUUUGACGCUAAUGGAAGAAGUAUUACUACUUGGUUUGAAAGAUAAAGAAGGUUACACCUCGUUUUGGAAUGACUGUAUUUCUUCUGGACUUCGUGGCUGUAUGAUGAUAGAGCUUGGUCUUAGAGGUCGCGUAGAGUUAGAAAAAACUGGAAUGAGACGUAAAAGCCUAUUAAAUCGCAAAGUAAUAUUUCUAAACGACUCACCAACUGGGGAUGUAAUAUUGGACGAAGCUUCGAAGUUAAUUAAAGAGACUGAUCCUCCUGAAACUAUUCCGACAUGGGUGGAAUUGUUAAGUGGUGAAACUUGGAAUCCGUUAAAACUGAGGUACCAGUUGCGAAAUGUUAGAGAGCGGUUAGCCAAAAAUCUUGUUGAAAAAGGUGUGCUAACAACGGAGAAACAAAACUUUCUUUUAUUUGAUAUGACCACUCAUCCAGUAAACGAUACAGCUAUAAAACAGCGAGUGGUGAAGAAAGUACAAGAAUCAGUGCUGGCUAAAUGGGUGAAUGAUCCUCAACGAAUGGACAAAAGAGCCUUAUCCCUCAUUUAUUUGGCGCAUUCAUCAGACGUGUUGGAAAAUGCUUUUGCUCCUUUAAAUGACGAAGACUACGACCUCGCUACGAAAAGAGUGCGGGAACUGUUGGACCUUGAUCCAGAGAUUGAAGCGCAGAAGGAGAGUACAAACGAAGUGAUGUGGUCCGUUAUUGCGUCUUUUAUUAAAUGAGCGUGCGUCAUAUUCUAUUUUUAUACUUUCAACGCGCACUCAAUCAAGCUUGUCGGUUCUGUUGGUUAUACCUGGCAACUAUUUUUAAUACGUAAAGGUCAAGGUGUCAACAUUGAAAUGUCGAAGCUUCCCUGAAAUUUAGGGCACGGUUGACAGAUCCCAGAGUAAUCGCGAAUUCUAACUAAGAUUUCUUUUUUUUUAGCAUUUUUAUUUCUAGAAAAAGUUUAUUGGUCACAAGCACUCGUGGUAUUGGCCUAAUUCUAAAUAUUCUGAACCGUUUGACUGUUUUACACUUUGGUCAGUCACGAAAGAUUUUCAUUUUAAAAUUUCCCCCCUUUGCAAAGGUUUAUAACCUAGUUAUUGGAUGAAUUUCAGUAUUAUAUCAUGACGGCUGACAAUUCUGAAUUUGAAAGUAUUGACGAUCUCAUAACUCAUAAAUAACGCACACAGGAUCUUUUUAAGUAGCACAAAAAAACUGCCCAACUUGUUUACCCUGGGCUCCAACUUGUGGAGUUCUACGUACCCUGGGCUCCAACUUUUGGAGUUCUACUUACCCUGGGGUAGACAUCGAUUUAAACGGCAUUUUGUAGCCAAGCGAAUACAAGAAAUUACUCCCAUUAAAAUUUUUAACUUAUCUCGGGGUCCACUCAACAAGGUCUUCUUCUAUUUUUUUUGGUUGUAGUGAAUAAACUGCCGGAUAUGCAGUAGUGAUGUAAAAUUGAUGUGCAGUGAAUGUGUGUGGGUUUGGUUGGUCGUCUUGUUUUACAUAUUGCAGUUACAUUUAAUUUGUAGUUAUUUUUUGUGGUAAAAAAUUCGUGUAGUUUAAAAGGAAUCGCACUUGUACAUAACACGUGUUACAGUAAUCUUCA